CCUGUGAUGGGGCUUCGUCACUUCCACUCGAGAUCGGCGUUUGGUCUGUGAGAACUCACGCGGUUUCAACAUGCGUAUUGAGAAGUGUUAUUUCUGUUCGGGGCCCAUUUACCCCGGCCACGGCAUGAUGUUUGUCCGCAACGAUUGCAAGGUGUUCAGAUUCUGUAAAUCCAAGUGUCAUAAAAACUUUAAAAAGAAGCGCAAUCCUCGCAAGGUUAGGUGGACUAAAGCAUUCCGUAAAGCAGCUGGUAAAGAGCUUACAGUGGAUAAUUCAUUUGAAUUUGAAAAACGUAGAAAUGAACCUGUUAAAUACCAGCGAGAGUUAUGGAAUAAAACUAUUGAUGCAAUGAAGAGAGUUGAAGAGAUCAAACAGAAACGCCAAGCUAAAUUUAUAAUGAACAGAUUAAAGAAAAAUAAAGAAUUACAGAAAGUUCAGGACAUCAAAGAAGUCAAGCAAAACAUUCAUCUUAUCCGGGCCCCUCUUGCAGGCCAAGGAAAACAGUUGGAAGAAAAAAUGGUGCAGAAAUUACAACAGGAUGUGGACAUGGAAGAUAUUUCUUAAAGAUCUCACUAACAAUUUCUAUAAGCACGUUUGAAAAUCUCCUUAGGAGACUAAGAACUCCAAAAUUAUCUUUUAUAUUUUAAAUAAGGUCACUCAAAUGAAAGGUAAUUAAAAAUACAUGUCUUCUGCAUUGCUGUCUGUUAGAUUGCGUUUCCAUUGUUAAACCUUCACUGAUAGUUACAUUUAUGUAAAUCCUGCAGAUUCUCUUUCUAAAUACAGAAGUGAAAUAUA